UUUUCAUCACCUGACCCCUAUAUACAUAUUUCUGGGUCCUAGCUGAACCUUGUUUGGCUUGCAAAAGGGAAAUUAUAAACUCAUAUGCGAUGUUCCAAUGUGGUCAUACUUUUCAUAUUAGUUGUUGCAAUGCAUCUUCAGUCCGCAAAGAACGAUGUCCAGAGUGCCAAAGCAAUGUUAUCGAUCAGCUUGAACGACUCAGUUGGAAAAAUAUGAGUAGAGAAGAAAGAUUGUUAGCUUUUAUACAUGAAGUGUCAACUGAAGUGAUGGAAAUUGAUAGCAAUUCAUCAGAAGUAAUCCCUCAGGACCAGCUCUCAGUGAUUCUACGAAAAUUAUCUCGAAGAGUCGGCAAGGCCGAUUCCAAUGCCAUCUAUUGCUAUUACGAAUUUGGCUUAGCACUAACCCUUCGUCUCAAUGAAUUAAUAGGAAAAGGGAAGAAGAGAGCACAACAUGCAUUAAAUAAGGAAGUUCAGGAUUAUUUCCCACUUGGUACUUCUUUAGCCGUGGCAAAGGAUAAAAUUAAAAAGGCUAGAAAAAUGGUUAAACUUUUUAGUGAUGAUCCAUCAAGAAUUCAAUUUGUUCGUUCAUUUUCUGUAGACCAGCUCUCGACUUUUAAUGAAGACGAUGUCAACUUUAUAAAAUCAAAAUUACCAAAGCCUGGGACGCCAUGAAUAUGCGAAAUACCUCGAGUGUUUUAUUAUGUCUUUUUAUGUCUUUUUAUGUCUUUAUAUCUUUAUGUUGUACGUAUAACUAUAUGUCAUAUAUCCCUUCAAUAGAAGCUCUUAGCAUCGUGAUUUUAUAUUUAUUAUAAAACCAUACUAGAUAAAUUUGUAGAUAUGUCAUUCUUCCAUUCAGUAGUCUUUUUUAGUCUGUGUGAUCUUUUUUUUUCUCAUAAUUGAUAAAUAGGAACAUAAUAGAUAAAUUUGUAGCGAAUGAAGGGAUAACAAAACUUAUAUGUC